UGCUUAGCGUUGUAAUGACAUCAUCAGUGCGCGAACGUAACCUUGCGCUGCUCUGCAACAAUUGUCGAAUCAACUGCAGAAACACAACCGAAGCAGCUUUAUUUCGCUUAAUUAAUGAAUUAUGAACAAGUAUGUUUUACCUGUUUCGGUCUUCGGAACGGCUAUUGGGUGCGCUGUCUUAAUAAAGAACCAUGUGACAGGGGGCCGCUGUCAUAGCAAAGCUAAGUUAAACGGGAAGACGGUGGUGAUAACUGGAGCCAACACAGGCAUUGGCAAAGAGACGGCACGGGAAUUGGCCAAGAGAGGGGGGCGUGUCAUUAUGGGAUGCCGAGACAUGGAAAAGUGUGAGGCGGCUGCCAGAGAAAUCCGCGGCAACACCCUGAAUCCUCAUGUCUAUGCAUGUAAGCUGGACUUGGCCUCCAUGGCAUCCAUACGGGAGUUUGCAGAGAGGAUCAAAGAAAAGGAGCAGCGUGUGGACGUGUUGAUAAACAAUGCAGGGGUCAUGAGAUGUCCCGCCUGGAAAACAGAGGAUGGAUUUGAGAUGCAGUUUGGAGUUAAUCAUUUAGGCCACUUCUUAUUGACAAAUCUUCUGCUGGAUAAGUUAAAAGAGUCCGCCCCCAGCAGAGUGAUCAACCUUGCCUCGCUCGCCCACAUCGUUGGAAAGAUGGACUUUGACGACCUUAACUGGGAGAGGAAGAAAUAUGACACCAAGCAAGCGUACUGUCAGAGCAAACUUGCCAAUGUUCUCUUUACAAGAGAGCUGGCCAAGCGCUUACAAGGAACAGGAAUCACAGUGAAUGCAGUGCACCCUGGCAUUGUUGCCACAGAGCUUGGCAGGCACACUGGUCUGCACCGAUCUUGGCUCUCCAGCACUACUCUCAGUCCUUUUUUCUCCCUGUUGGUAAAGAACCCAGAGCUUGGGUCCCAGCCCAGCAUCUACAUGGCGGUGGCCGAGGAGAUGGAAGGCGUGACAGGACGCUACUAUGACGUGUUUUCAGAAAAGGAGCCGGCGCCCAACGCUAUGGAUGAGGAGGCAGCUCGCAGGCUGUGGGAGAUCAGCAGCAGGCUCGUGGGCCUGGAGGAGAAAGAACUGUCUAGCAUGCCAGCACAAAGUCAGCUCAGUGCUGAGAAGACACAUGGACACAGCAUGGGACCAGUUGUUGGAGCUGCAGGCUUGUAGCAGAUCAAAUAUUAUCCAAGGUUUUGAUUGGCUUUCUUAUAUCAGGGAGUUUUGCUUUAAAUGUGUUCUGCAACAAAAGAUUGUGGUCUAUUUUUAAUGUUAUGUGCAUAAGGGCAUACAGCGGGGAAAUUAAAUUAUCCACACUGUUUGCAAAAUAUCCGUAGGGUACAGUGAUUUCUAUCCAAAAAGCACCACAUGGGAUUUUGAUGUGUUCAAGGAUGGAAAUGUAUGUGGGGCUGUGUGCAAAAUGUAGAGCAACAGCGCCCCCUGGCUGCUAGGUUUUUGCCACAAACACAUUCAAAAAUAUAUCUUAAUACAACCCCUGUCAAAAAAUAUAGAAUCGCUCAUUCUUGGAGGAUUCACUUUAUAGGAAAAAAAAAACAGACAUGACACAAAACUAUAGUGAUUUCAAAUGGCAACUCUCUUGCUUUGAAAACAAAAAUAAGUCAAAAAAACAAUUUAUGGUAGUCAGCAAGUUUUUUGUUUUAAUCAAAAGUAAAAAAAAAAACAUGCAAUCACUAACUUCUGAUGAAGAAAUUAUGGAAUCACCAUGUCACUUUUCAGUUCCAAAGCUUACAGCUACAUCAGAUUCAAUCUGUCAGUCUGCAGUUAAAAACGAGUGUGCAAACCUUGGGAGAGCUGUUGCACCAGGUAGAAUGACAUGAAUCAUGGCUCCAACACAAAAGAUAUCAAUUGAAACAAAGGAGAUGAUUAUCAAACUUCUUUAAGAAGGUAAAUCAUCAGGCAAUGUUGCAAAAGCUGUUGUUCAGUCAGCUGUGUCUAAAAUCCAGAACACGUGCAAACAUGAGAAGGUUGUAAAAGACGAGCAUACUGGUAGAAAACAACUUAAAUAUGUUUUGAAAACAGAAAAUGCACAGUGAAACAAAUUGACGGAAACUGGAGUCACUGUCUGUGACCGAACUAUAAGAAACCGUCCAUCCAUCCAUCCAUUUUCUACCGCUUGUCCCUCUCGGGGUCACGGGGUGCUGAAACCUAUCCCAGCUGCACUCAGGUGGAAGGCGGUGUACACCCUGGACAAGUCGCUAUCUCAUCGCAGAGCCAAUACAUAUAGACAACAAUCACACUCACACCUAAAGGAAAUAGGAUUUUAAUACAGAAAAGCUCAAUGAAAGUCAUCUUUAACAUCCACAAAUUUGAAAAACAUUUAUUUUUACCUUGUGAACACGACUGCUGAUGAAUUUAUAUUGUUACUUGGUUCAAAUCCCACCUAGUACCAACCUCGUCACGUCCGUUGUGUCCUGAGCAAGACACUUCACCCUUGCUCCUGAUGGGUGCUGGUUGGCGCCUUGCAUGGCAGCUCCCUCCAUCAGUGUGUGAAUGGGUAAAUGUGGAAGUAGUGUCAAAGCGCUUUGAGUACCUUGAAGGUAGAAAAGCGCUAUACAAGUACAACCCAUUUAUCAUUUACUUUUAUGAAUGUAUUUUAUCAUUUUCACCAAGUUCAUAGCAUAAGUUUGACUUUAAGCUCAUGUGGAUGUCUCCUAUACAGCAGUGGUCCUCAACCUAUUUGUAGCUGCGGACCGGUCAACGCUUGAUAAUUUGUCCAGCGGCUUUGGAGGGGGGGUUGUCAUGAAAAAGGAAGUUUUUUUUGGGUUGGUGCACUAAUUGUAAGUGUAUCUUGUGUUUUAUUAUGUUGAUUUAAUUAAAAAAAAUGUUUUGAUUAAUAAAAAAUUCUUCUGCAGCCCGGUACCAAUCGAGCCGCGGCCCGGUACCGGUGGUUGGGGACCACUGUCCUAGAUCAGUGAUUGUGGCAAAGGUACUGUGAACUCUGAACUGUGGUACACAUGGGCCCUAUCUAGUGGUGCUCCAAAGAAUCAAUUAAAUAUUGUAUGUGCAAUUAUCCAUUCAUCCAUCCAUCCAUUUCCUACCGCUUGUCCCUUUCGUGGGUCGCGGGGGGUGAUGCACUUAAUUCAUUUUGUUUUAUUUUUGUUUAUUCAAACACUAAUGUUAUUGUGGCCAAAUAUAUUAAAUAUACUUUUUAGGUAAAA